AUGUAUCCACAUUUGAGCAUCGCUAUGGAGCAAGCCCAAAAGCGAUUGAAACAGAGGCAGCAACAAACAAAUAUUCGUCGCCGUCGCCGUCAUCACACAACACAAAUCGAAAUAUGUUCAGCAACAACUGACGAUGCUGCUAUGAUAAAUUGUGAUGAACAAGAUCAAACAGAAUUAAGCAAUCUUAAAGAAACAAUUGAUCAGCCCAUAACUGAUCCUUAUGAAAUAUUAGAUUUUGAUACAGAUUUUGAUGUUGGUACAUUUAUAGAAAACAUGAGUGAAGCUGAACCAGAAGUCAAUAUAGAUUGUGAAUUUUCGACUGAUGAUCAAUAUGAGCCCCUGACAUUAGAUGAUUUGUUUCCACCAAAUAACAAUGAAAAUAAUAAUUUCCUGCAUCCAUAUACCAACAUUAAAACGAAUGACUUUUGCAGGCAACUGGCAAAAGUUUUUAGAGAUGCCAAUAUCAGCAACGUUCAUUGUAUUCGUAUUUUGAAACUCAUUAGUUCUAUUCUUCCACAGCCUCACCAAUCACCAACGACACUAAAAGCGUUGUACAGUUCAAUGAAUGUUGAACAACUGUUCAAUAAACGAUCUGUUUGUACAGAAUGUUCUACCAAUCUAUCAAACAAUGACAGAUCAUGCAACAAUUGUAAAUCGAUUAAUAAGAAAUCAAUUGCUAGUAUCUACGACGUCAAUCAAAUGGUAGUAUUCUCACGAACAUUGGAUCGCCUUUCGGUAGACAUUGAAAACAAUCGGAGAGAUAUUAUUGAUAAUAAUUUAUCAGGAGGUAGCAAUAAGAACAACGAUAUUGUGUUUAAUCAAGUUUACAAAGAACUUAAAGAUAACUAUGGCUUGUCAUCAUUUGUUUCGCUAUUGUUACACUUGGAUGGCAUUAGUCUAUGCAUUCCUACUCGAUCUGGUAUUAAUUAUAAAAUACUUAUUUAUGGAAUAACAGGUGAUUGUCCGGCUAUAAAACUAGCAAUAAAACAUGUUAAUCAUCAAGGCUAUUGGUGCUGUUGGUUUUGUUAUAUUCGUGGUGUCCACAUUCAUCACAAACGACAAUAUUAUUUCAAAAAAGAACUUGCUCUUCGUUCAGCAGCUGAAUAUGCCUUGUAUUCACAUGAAGCCGAAGAAACAAAAACUAAUAUUUAUGGCCACCUUGGUGUUUCACCUUUAUCUGUUAUAAUUGAUGUACCUCUUCCACGCUGUUUGGUCAUUGACUAUAUGCACGUUUCACUGUUGCGUCACACGCGUACAGUGAUUCAGUAUAUUUAUGGAAAUUUUUUGAAACCAAAACAAAGAGAAGAGCUUGAUGAACUCUUUCGAAAUCAAUCUUUUCCUCAUUUUUUCAAUCGCAAGAUGCGUCCUGUUAAAGAAUUUUCAUAUUGCAAAGCGACGGAAUUGAGAAACAUGUUGUUGUACGGCCUGUUACCACUGAUUCGAUUGUUUCUACCGAUUGAAUGUGCUGCACAUCUAGCACUUUACGUAACAGCAAUGCGACUAUUUCAUGGACCUCGUACAAUUGGUAAUGAUACAGAAACUGUGGCUAAUGAACUAAUGGCUAUGUAUUAUAAGCAUCAUACGUUAUUUUAUGAAAAUAUUCAAAAUUUUGUUUUACAUCUUCACUCUCAUUUUAUGGAUCAAUAUCGUUUGCAUGGUAGUCUCUCUAAUCUUGGUACCUUCGGUCAAGAGUCAUUAAUAGGGCAUUUCGCCAAUAAUCGAAAUGGAACACGUAAUUUAGGUCAAUUGAUAAUAAAUAAUUACAAUGUUGAUUUUACGAUUGUAAAUCAAUUGCAUCAUCAUUUAUCAGAUGUGCCAGUAAAAUCCAACGGUCUAUUUGAUUCACAUGAUGCAUUGAUUAAUAACUUUCUUCUCAAAACUCAUAACGAUUUAUGUUUCUGUGAUAAUGCCAAUCAAUGCAUUAGAAUUUAUCGUCGUCAUCGAAUCGAUGCUAUGAUCUAUCAUUCCUUAAUUUAUCAUAGACGCGGAUCAUCCAAAAGUUAUUUUGUUCAAUACUCAAAAGAUAAUGACAAAAAUUUGUUUGGUGCAAUUGAGUUGUUCUUUACUUGCAAUAACAAAAACUAUGCUUUAAUACAUAAUCAUAGUUCGAAGCAUUUAUUUACUGAUUAUUUUCUAUCUUCUAAAUACCAUAGUAUUUUACUUAAGGCACUCAAUAUGUAUUUCUAUGUACUUAAUCUUACUUCAACUUGUAGAGAUGUAAUUACUGUGGACAACAUAUCAAAUAUGUGUAUAGUAUUUACUUUUUGUGAUUCACUUGUUGUGACACCACUCUCUUGUUCAUACGAACAUGAUUAA